AUGGAACGCAGCCUCCUCAGGCAUCCUGCCAGCUACGAUGAAAGCCUUACACUAAGAGAGAUCGAGAUCCCAGUGCCCUCAAAGGAUGAAAUGCUGGCCAAGGUCAUUGGUUCAUCACUCUGCAGUUCCGAUCGUCUGUUGUUCGAUCCAGACUUUUUCUUAACCAAGUCUUUGGAGAGUCCAGUAACAAUGGGCCAUGAGGCAACUGGCAGGGUCAUGAAAGUGGGAGAAAACGUAGUCAAUUUCUGCGUAGGGGAUCCUGUAGGAUUUCUUGCCUCCAGAGGGUGUUUUGAAUGUGUUCAGUGUAGGACAUAUUCAAGUUACGGAUGCCCAAAAGGUUUGGAAGCUCAAGGUUUCACGUGCAAUGGGUACCUCCAGGAGUAUAUUGUUGUCGAUGCUCGAAGCGCGGCUAAGUUUCCCCCCAGUCUGGAUGUCGCAAGAUCAGCUCCACUCUGCUGCGCGGGCGUAACUGCGUACAACGCCAUCAAAGAGUGUCUUCCAGAAGCAGGAAAGUGGCUGGCAGUCUUCGGGACGGGGGGUGUGGGUAAGAUGGCAAUAAAGUACGCCAAAGCAAAGGGCUUCAAGGUCGUCGCAGUGGAUAUCGAUAAGGAUCAGCUCGGUGACGCAGAGCGAGCUGGAGCUGACGAAACGUUCAUGCCAAGUGAUCUUUCACCCGAUCGCGUGGCGAUGUUUCGUGAGAAAACUAGAGGCGGUGUUGAUGCCGCAGUCAACUUUACAUCUUCAAGCCAAUCAUAUACUGACAUGCAGGGCUUGAUCAAGUUCAACGGCAUUCUUACGGUGGUGGGUAUUGCUGACGAGCUCAAGGUCAAGCCUAUGGAUAUUAGUUUUAGAAAGCUCGUUAUCAAAGGAGCCCCAAACGGAACGGCGCAAGAUCUGAAAGAGUGUUUCGAGUUUAGUGCGAAGCAUGAUAUCAAAGCACCCCACAAGUUUAUCGAAUUACAGGAUGUCCCGCAAGUGGUUGAGGAAAUGAAUAGUGGCACGGUCAGAGAGCGCAUGAUUGUCCUGUUCUAG